CCUGGGACAGAGGGGACCAAAACUAGAAGGAGGGGGAGGAGGAGGGGGCGCAGCCUAGCGGCGCCGUCCCUCCCCCGCAGGUGGCCGCGCGCAGGCGCAUUCCCCGAGCGCGCCUCUCGCCGCCGCGCCUCCAUCCCGGAUCCUUUGCUGCAGCGUCAGCGCCGCCGCCUCCUCUUUUCCUUUUCCUCCUCCGUCUCCUCCCGCUCUCCCGCUUCUUGUGUCGCGGCACCCGGAGCCGGUACCGAGCCCGGGGCCACGGGGUGCCAUGCUGCCCGGACGGCGGCGCUGAAGGAUGGCGACGCCCGUCCCUCCGCCAGCCCCACGGCACCUGCGGCUGCUGCGGCUGCUGCUCUCCGGCCUUGUCCUCGGAGCGGCCCUGAACGGUGCCACCGCCAGCCGCCCGGAUGCAGCUGCCUGUCCUGGGAGCCUGGACUGUGCACUGAAGAGGCGGGCAAGGUGCCCCCCGGGUGCACAUUCCUGUGGGCCCUGCCUUCAGCCCUUCCAGGAGGAUCAGCAGGGGCUCUGUGUGCCCAGGAUGCGCCGGCCUCCUGGGGAGAGCCUGCCGCAGCCCAGACUGGAAGAUGAGAUCGACUUCCUGGCCCAGGAACUGGCCCUCAAGGAGGCUGGGCACUCCAGGCUCACAGUCAGACCCCUGCCUGAGGCUGGACGGCUGCUUCUAGAGCCUGCUACCCUAGGGUUCUCAGAGCGGGGUCAAGGACCCGAGCCGGGCCUCCCCUCCGCUCGGGGAGCCUCUCUGCCCACACCCCGCACCUCCUUGGGCUCCCCUGUGUCUUCUGGGCCAGUGCACAUGUCCCCCCUGGAGCCCCGGGGCGGGCGCGGCGACGGCCUUGCCCUCGUGCUGAUCGUGGCGUUCUGCGUGGCGGGCGCAGCCGCCUUCGCCGUGGCAACGCUGUGCUGGUGCAGGCUGCAGCGUGAGAUCCGCUUGACCCAGAAGGCCGACUACUCCACGGCGAAGGCGCCGGGCUCACCCGCGACGCCCCGGAUCUCGCCCGGGGACCAGCGGCUGGCGCACAGCGCGGAGAUGUACCACUACCAGCACCAGAGGCAGCAGAUGCUGUGCCUGGAGCGGCAUAAGGAGCCUCCCAAGGAGCUGGACUCGGUCUCUUCGGACGAAGAGAAUGAAGACGGCGACUUCACGGUGUAUGAGUGCCCGGGCCUGGCCCCGACAGGGGAGAUGGAGGUGCGCAACCCCCUGUUCGACCACUCCUCGCUGUCGGCACCCCCGCAGGGCCCAUGCUCGCCACCCUCGCUGCAGUGACCACUGACUUGCCACCCCAGCCCACGGGUGGGGAAGGGCAAGGCCUGGCGUUUCCUAUUAUAAAGAACACAUUGUGAUUGGGGCUGGGGAGAGACAUUGGUCCCCGCUGCCCCUUGCAAGGAGAUUCCCCGCCUGGUGCCUGGAGACCUAGCGUCCUUCUUGCACAUUCCUUGGCCUGCCUGAGCCCUCACACUGCAGAGAGUGGGGGAGCCCUAGAGCCCAGGCAUGGAUGGGAGUUCUGGAGACAAGCCAAUUAAAGUCUGUUUCAAAUCUGUGCUCUGAGUACGUUGAAGGUGUUGGUUAAUCCACAGCCACUCGCCUCCCCCUGGGACUCUGGUAGGUGGACUCAGAGGGUGGGGCUUGGGUUUCUGUAUCCUGAGAGAGGGAAAUCUCUGUGGGAUAUUGGAAAGCCCUCACAGAGGCUGGAGAAGAGGCAGACACAGAACUACCCUCUCCUCCCCU